GAUACGGUUUUGAAGUCAGUUGAAACCCAUCAGCGAAAUGAACCGGUUGUAUCCACUGACCUGGCUUAGCAUUUAUAUCUACUUAUCCGAUGUAGCCUCCGGAGUUGACCUACCUGCAGACGUGAAGAAGUGCCGAUUCGGGCAGUCUGCCUGUAUUGCUAGCUCCAUCAAUGCGCUGAUCAAGCACUACCCUCAGGGCAUUCCCGAGAUCGGUCUGCCGCCCCUAGAUAAGCAUAGUUUUCCCGACUGCACCAUACUGGACUCGCCUUACCGGGGGCCCAUCUGGAUAAACUUUUGGUUGGAGGACAAUGUAGUCAGCGGCACAAACAACGCCACAGUGACCCACGUGGAGGGCUUCCUGCGACAGCCCAACCAGAAACAGAUCGUGCUAAGGGUCCAUUUUCCUCGAAUCCACCAUGAAGCCACCUUUCACGAGAAGGGCAGAGUCCUGCUAUAUGAGAUUAAUGGCACCGGCAGAAUGAAGUCGGACUUCCUGAACGUCAGUCUCACCCUGAUGUUCAAGGUAUUCGAGGAGUAUAGGAAUAGCAAGCGCUACCUAAAGGUCUACAGUUUGGUGCCCAGUAUCGAUUUGGAUCGCUGGACCAGCUGGCGCGAUGGCAUUUACAAUGAAAACACAGAUGUGACAGUAGCUGUGAACCGGAUAUUAAACGAGAAUUGGUUGGAGUUUUGGAAUGACUUACUACCAGGUCUAGCGUUCUCCUCAUCCUAUACCACCUUGCUAAAUAAGGUGUUCCAAAAUGUCGCCUAUGAUGACAUGUUUCUGCCUGAAUUGGGCUCCUUGGGUUCGGAUAGCUCUUAGGGCCAUUUUAAUUUCAAAAAAUUCAAAGAAAACUUUUCUCUAUGUGAAAAUCAA